AUAGACAAAACGACGCCGUGGCUUUCUUCUUUCCUUAACUCGUUGUUCGUCAGAAGCUGAAGAACCCGCGACGGCGAAAGAGACAGAAGCGAGAAUCUCCGAUAAGCCAUGAACGCUCCGGACCGAUACGAGCGAUUCGUCGUUCCUGAAGGCACCAAAAAGGUUUCAUAUGAGAGGGACACGAAGAUCAUCAAUGCUGCUUCCUUCACGAUUGAGAGAGAAGACCAUACCAUUGGCAACAUCGUCCGCAUGCAACUUCACCGCGACGAGAAUGUAUUGUUUGCUGGGUACCAACUUCCUCAUCCUCUCAAGUACAAAAUCAUAGUCAGGAUUCACACCACAAGCCAGUCCUCCCCGAUGCAAGCAUACAAUCAGGCUAUCAAUGACCUUGACAAGGAGCUUGACUUUCUCAAGAGCCAAUUUGAGGCAGAGGUGGCCAGGUUCUCGUUUCCCUACUAAGGAGCUCAGAGUUCUCCAUCGGCACUUUGGAAUCACAUUUUCCUUACUCUAAGCACCAACCUGAAGACUUAUAAUGAGCUUGUUGCUACUUUGCUUUUCUAAUUUAGCAACAAAUUUUCAUGUUACUUGUUUUAACUCUUAUGUUUUGGAGACCAUUUCCGGCUGCUAAGAAGUACUAUUUAUA